CAACCUCAAGGAAAUCGUGGCAAGAUGGCGUCCCUGGAUCGGGUGAAGGUUCUGGUGUUGGGAGACUCAGGUGUUGGGAAAUCUUCACUCGUCCAUCUUCUGUGCCACAAUCAAGUGUUAGGAAAUCCGUCAUGGACUGUGGGCUGCUCGGUGGAUAUCAGAGUCCAUGACUACAAAGAAGGGACCCCUGAAGAGAAGACCUACUAUAUAGAACUGUGGGAUGUUGGAGGCUCCGUGGGCAGUGCCAGCAGUGUGAAAAGCACCAGAGCGGUGUUCUACAACUCUGUAAAUGGCAUCAUCUUAGUACACGACUUAACAAAUAAGAAGUCAUCUCAAAACUUGUAUCGCUGGUCAUUGGAAGUUCUCAAUAGGGAUGCAGUUCCAACCGGAGUCCUGGUGACAAAUGGGGAUUAUGACCGAGAACAGUUUGCUGAUAACCAAAUCCCACUGUUGGUAAUAGGGACUAAACUGGACCAGAUUCAUGAAACCAAGCGCCAUGAAGUUUUAAUCAGGACUGCUUUCUUGGCUGAGGACUUCAAUGCUGAAGAGAUUAAUUUGGAUUGCACAAACCCAAGGUCCUCAGCUGCAGGCUCCUCCAAUGCUGUCAAGCUCAGUAGAUUUUUUGAUAAGGUUAUAGAAAAGAGAUAUUUUUUUAGAGAAGGUAAUCAGAUUCCAGGCUUCUCUGAUCGGAAGAGGUUUGGAGGAGGGGCACUGAAGAAUUUCCACUGUGACUGAGUCGCCCUCAACCCUGGAAGAGCAAGGGAACAGCAGCAGUGUGCACAGCUUCCUCUUGCUGUGUUGGGUCGUUAACUUCUCAGGCUUUGGUAAAAACAUCUCAAAGUGCUACCUCACCCUCUUAUAGAAAAUUGAAAGGAAGCAGUAACGUGGAAGGUCCUAGCUCUGCCCGUUCUCUGUAUCCCUCACACCCUACCCCUGUUUAUAGCUUAUGUAAAAGCCUUGUGAUGACAUGAGGUCUUGUCAGACCUGUGCAGUAAAGGACUGGAGUAAGGGCUGCAGAGAAAGAAGCCUGACUCUUGCUUAGAACCAGAGGGUUUUACAGACCUGCAGUUUUCCCACACUUGCUGCUGAAGGCUUAAUUAAGUACUUCAGAAACAUCUGUGUUGUUUUACCUUCCUGAGGGGAAAGGUCAUGUUCAUCAGUCCUGAGUUAUCCACCCCAAACCAUCCCUGUCGUUUUAAAAGAAGCCAAAUGGUGUUAUUUCAUUUUCUUCGUCCUCAUUACACACAGGGAUGCCUAAGAAUAGCAACCCCAUCUCCUCUGCUCUCUCUGGGAAAAGGCUUAGUGUCUGGGAGAGAGCGAUGAACUAAUAGCUGGAGUUAAAUAGAAAUACAAAUUAAUAAUACAUGGGGAACAGAGCAGAGAGGAAGGCUUUGUGAGAGCCGCCAGCUCCUCUGCUCCAUGGUUGGCAGCUUUGGAAGGCUCUUUCUGUUUUCUGUUUGGAAAUCUGAGACCCACAUUAGACCAGUAAAACAGAUUUAUUGCCUCUUUGGUGGGGUUCUUUUUUUUCCCUUUUCCCAGUUUGGUUGGUUGGUUGUUCUGUUUAUUUGUAAGGAAAUUCAAUUCUUGAAAUAUCCUUUAAUAUGAUUAACAGUAAACUAAGAAUAUUAUCCUAUAUUAACAGUGUAUUUAUGAGAAAGUCAAUUAAGUUCCAGAGUAAUGCAUUAAAAAUUAUUAUGAGCCAGUGUUUGAAAUUUUAUAAUCAUGCCACAGCUUUUUGGCGGGAGUAUGUAUGCAUAUGUUUGCAUAAUUGUUCUUCAUUGUCUUUUAGCCCAUCUUUUUUGUGGGUUUAAUCUUUCAGCCCAGUUCCUUAGUUUAUAAAAUUGGUUGAUAAAAAAGGCUGUAAUUGGCAGCUGUGUUCAACACCUUGUUAUCCAGAUGCUUCUGUCUCUACUGCGGCUUUCUGGUCCCUUGUUUUGUACCAAAUUAAAAAAAUAAUAGGAUGAAUACGCAGUUUUAUUUCUUUUAAAACCAGGUAAAAACUACUUUUUCUGUUCCUUUUUAAUUAAACUUCAGAAGGACUCUGGAAGUCAGGGUAUGCUGGACGGGAAUAUUAGAAACUCAGGAAGGUGGGCUUGGGGAUUUGAAAAGUAGUUCUCCUGAGCUGGGCUGCUCUCCGUUUACCUUUACCUCCUCCUCGAUGGUGAGACCUGGGCCCUGUUUCAUCAUGUUAGCCAUGUGUUUGUUCUCUGAUGUAAUUAGUGUUAUGCAAAUCAUUGUCCAUGUGGAAUUUAGCACAAAUGUAUUGUGGCAGAAGCCUGGCUGGGAAGGUAGAAACCAAUGCUACACAGAGCCCUCUCUGUAAUGUCUAACCUCUCUGAAUUUCUCUUCAAUUAAACCGAGGGGUGUGGACUGCAACUCAGUGGUAAGCAAUUACCUAGCGCGCACAAGGUGUUAGUGUUGAUUCCCAACAUCAAAAUUUUUACUAAAAAAUAAAUAUGUUAAAACCCA